UACGUGUUCGCGGCAGCAGUUGGACUGCAGCGAGCUGCUGGGCGCACUCCUUCAACUAGCGCAGUAUGUCUGGUCGCGGCAAGACGGGAGGCAAGGCCCGUGCUAAAGCCAAGUCACGCUCGUCGCGCGCAGGCCUUCAAUUCCCUGUGGGCCGUGUUCAUCGGUUGCUGCGAAAGGGCCAUUACGCCGAGAGGGUGGGCGCCGGCGCCCCUGUGUAUCUGGCAGCGGUGCUCGAGUACCUCACCGCAGAGAUCCUGGAGCUGGCGGGCAAUGCGGCCCGCGACAACAAGAAGACGCGCAUCAUCCCCCGUCACCUGCAGUUGGCCAUCCGCAACGACGAGGAGCUCAACAAGCUACUGGGUGGCGUAACGAUUGCCCAAGGAGGCGUCCUACCUAACAUCCAGGCUGUGCUGUUGCCCAAGAAAACCAGUGCUACCGUAGGACCGAAAGCGCCGGCGGGAGGCAAGAAGGCCACCCAGGCCUCUCAGGAGUACUGAGCGGCGCCUGCGCUGCCCCACCCCCCCGGAGCCCGACUCAGUCUGUGCUACCACAAAGGCCCUUUUAAGGGCCACCACAGCCCUCACGGAAAGAGCUGAGCCACGGCGGCCGGCUGCAGUCCCCUGCCACCACCAGCCGCCCCCCCCCCCCCCCCCCCCCCGGCCCCGCGCAGGUUCGCGGGUCCCGCUCCCUUUUUCCGCCGCAGAGCAACCGUUGAACGCUGCUCGGCAGUAGUCCUCUCCAAAGCUGUGACUCAGCCAUCCUGCCUUUUGAGUGGCUGAUGGGCUGCGGCACCUUUUGGAAGGCCAGGCCUGCUGCUCUGGUAGGCUGAGGUGAGCGGCGACCCGGAAGGUGAGUCGCCAGCAGAACUCCCUCAGAUUCUUCUUCAGCUCGGUGCUUAGGUCGCGACCUCCGACAUGGCUGAUGACUUCCAGGCUUUGGUGGAGGACACUUUGAUCCUUAAAUUUGUUCGGGCGUCCCCUUUGCCGCCUCCGUCUUAAUUGUAUACCUGAGUGGUGCGGCCAAGACAGAUACUGGAAUGUGCCCGCCUUUCCCCAGAGGUGGGCGCCGCCUGGGGUGAGGACUGGGGAGGUGGGCGGCGACUGUGUGAACUGCAGGGCUUGUGCGCACACCUGCAGCUGACUGGCAGCGAGGCCUCCCCCCUCCAGGCGCACCGCUCAGCACCUAGAAGUAUACCAGCACAAUCCGGUGACCCCAUCUGGACCCAGUCUCCGUGGGCUUCUGAAGUGGCAUUUAGCAUCUAACCCAUUCAAGAGUAGUACCAUAAGUAUUGGGGAGUUUCAGAUGGACUAAUUUUGUUUAUUAAAGGAUUUUUUAAAAUG